AUGGGAGAGUCCACCACCGGAGGUGCAGUGUCGACAACGAUAACUGCUAUUGACCCUCUCCCAGUGGACUGUCGGGUAGGGGACGGCAAUCAAGUCAGAAACGUGUCAUUCAAAGCAACAGGAGAUAAAACGGACGGGCUAGUGGGCUUGUUCCUCGAUCUCGACAUUGGAGUCCUCGUUAGUAAACAGUGCUCCCCCUGCAAAACGAACCCAGACUCGGCGCGUCCAGAUAACCCGAUGGGCUGCCCAUCGAUCGGGGUAUUCUUCGCAGAGAGACCCUUUGUAUGUGCGCAGGUUGUACAACAGGUUCAGGUCGGAAUGAAAUUCACGUCCCCCAUCGGGCCAAAUGGCGAAAUUCUCUUUCGAAGAAGCAGCCUCACAUCUGCACCAACUCCUUUGGAGUCAAGUGCAAGAAACCUCACCCGCGAUAACUCCGGGCUAGACCUCUUUCCCUAUCGCAUUCAGCCUCACUUCGACAAAAAUCUUACGAGCUCGAUACCAGAUGAUCCGGCCGAUCCAUUCUUCAGAUACAUACUUUCUGGAACCACUGGGGUCAGCAGGGACGAUUUGACCAAGAAUCCUGGUCAACUAAUCGAUGUCGUAAACGGCCUCUACGCCAAGUUCAUGGUGCAAGUCAUGGAUUCGAGCAUCUUUCGAACGCCUAUCGUCGCUUCAACUCAGACGAAGGAGCAAAACGAAAAACAAAGUGUAAACGGCACAAUCUCACGAGAAGAAUCUCGCCUGGUAAUGAACUAUACGCCGAAACUCAUUCUUCAGAUCUUGCUUGGUGCCAUGAUGAUCCUUGGACUGACGGCCUACAUCAUGGUCGAUCUCAAAGGCACUCUUCCUCGAAGCCCUCAUUCAAUAGCAAGCAGCAUGGCCUUAUUCGCAGGGAGCGAGUUGUGUGCGAAUCACAUUCCCGAAUACGCUGAGUGGAUGAAUAAGCAGCAACUCGACCGAGUAUUUCAGGGAUAUAUAUUUGCCUUGGGGUGGUGGAGUCGGAGUGCGACCGAGGCAGAUUCUCGCAGCAUCGAUAGCUUGUUGGAUGCUCCAGUUGCGGAUGAGAGGUUCGGGAUUGACGUUGGAACGCCAGAGAGGUUGGGUUUUGAAGCUAAGGGAAACAGAGGUGGCAGACUAUGGGGCAAAUGGAGUGCGCUCUAG